UCAUGUAUAAGUAUGUAAACGAAAUACUGUCACCACAAAUUUGUUUGUCGUUUGUAGCCAAAUUUACACAAAUCUUUCGUAUUUUAGCAAUUCAACAGAGAAAAAAUACAACACACCAUUACGAGAAGAAGCCGAAGAAGAAGUCACUUAGGGACAAUGUCAACUCCCAAUUUGUUACUAAGCAAUGGCACAAGUAUUCCAAUGGUGGGCCUGGGGACAUGGCGUAGCUCACCGGAGGUGGUCACACAGGCUGUCAAGGAUGCCAUAGAUAUAGGAUAUCGUCAUUUCGACUGUGCCUACAUAUAUGGCAAUGAGGCACAAGUGGGUGCAGCAAUUCGGGACAAAAUUGAAGAGAAAGUGGUGACACGUGAAAAAUUGUUUAUUACGAGUAAAUUGUGGAACACAUUUCACAAACCAGAAAUGGUACGAUCUGCCUGUAAGGAAAGCUUGCGAAAUCUUGGCCUCAACUAUCUAGAUCUCUAUUUAAUGCAUUGGCCCAUGGCCUAUAAAUCUGGUGAAAGUCUAUAUCCAACAUGCCCGGAUACUGGCAAAGCUGCCUUCGAGGACAUCGACUAUGUGGACACCUGGAAGGCCAUGGAGGAAUUGGUCGAUGCUGGCCUCUGUCGUGGGAUUGGUGUCUCCAACUUCAAUGCACAGCAAAUCAAUCGAUUGCUUGACGUGGCCAAAAUAAAGCCGGUUAUUCUUCAAAUCGAAUGCCAUCCGUAUUUGCAGCAAAAGCCACUUAUCACCCUGUGCUAUGACAAUGACAUAACUGUGACUGCCUACAGUUCCCUUGGCUCGGGACACACACCGUACGAGAAGCCCGGCUCUUAUCCGUUACUCAAGAAUCCGGUUAUCCUUGCCAUUGCCGAGAAAUACAAUCGAACUCCGGCACAAAUAUUAUUGCGAUAUCAAACUCAAAUGGGCAUUGUUGUCAUCCCACGAUCGGUUAGCAAGCAGCAUAUGUAUGACAAUUUCAUAACGAUCUGGGAUUUCGGUCUAACCAUUGAUGAUCUCGCGGCAAUUGAUGAUUUAGACUGCAAGGGACGUUUUAUGACCAUGAAGGCGGCCUAUGGACAUCCCCAUCAUCCCUUUGAUAUAAAUCGCCGGGAGACAGCUCAGGAUUAGAGUUCAAUGGAUGAUUCUAUUUAUAAGAAUGUGUACUUGUAUUCAUAUAUUCUAAAAAUAAAUGUGACAGUUGUCUAAUGUUGUAAUGGACAAAAUAUGUCAUAACUAUA